AUGUUCGGCUGGGACGAAGGACGUGACGCCCAUCAGCAAGUCUAUGGUAGUGGUGGCCAUAACAACCAGGCCAAAUUCUCCCAUGAGCUCAUCGCUGGCGGUGCUGCCUUCGAAGGCAUGAAGCUGUUCGAGGAUCAUCAACGUCAGGAGGGCAAGCCCGUCUCGCACGCUUUUGCUAAAGAACUCCUCGCCGGCUUUGUGGGGGGUGAAAUUGACAAGCUUGCCGAGACGAAGGGAAUGGACGAAUAUGAUGCGUACGAGGCAAAGAAGAGGGCCAAGGAACAUGCUGAGAGAAUGUAUGACGACCACUACCAAGGAAUGGACCAAUACGAUCCCAAUCGGCGUGACCAGCCAAACUUUAAUUAUUGA